AUGUGCUAUUUCGAACAGACGCGCUGGAGCUGCGGGUACUGGCGUUGGGGCCACUUCCGUCAGCAGUGCAACAAGGAGUACCGGAUGGGCGAGACGUGCGGGCUCAAGCUCGUCUACGAGACAAGAACCGAGUCGGACGUGUGUAAACUCUGCCACGACACCGAGAAGAAGCAGCGGCGAUACGACAAGAUGUAUCGCGACGUGCAGCGCUGGCAGCGCGAGGGCAACCGCAAUGCCACCAUCGAGCGGACAUGCGGUGAGAUGCACGACGUGAUGGGCCAGAUCUAUCGGAUGCGCGAGGAGCACGAUCACAGGCUACAAUCGCUGGGACAGGCCUAG